GUCUAAAGCUGUACAAAGAGGCUUAUCACUUGACACGGAUGAAUCUUCACCCCAGCCAGUACAUGAACUCUCUGAGGUGCGGCCUGUGUCUCCAGAAUAUAGACUAGUUUACAGGGCAGUUCCCAUCAAACUAAUGUCCCAUACGUAUGACCCAGCGAAAGAAGGUGAAACCUACUAUAGUAACUCUGGUGUUUUCGAACAUUCAGGACAAAGAUACAAGGUUAGACAGGUUCUUGAGUGUCAGAGGGAAAAUUGUGGGGAUUUCAGGCCAGUUCAGUUUAAUGAAUCCAACCUUGGCAUGCCUAGUGUCUCUGAAACCACAGCAGUUGAGGUGACAAAACAAGAUAUCUCCUCACUAAAACACUUUAACAUCACUGACCAGACAGUCACAGACACUAUGCAUAAACCUCAUUUGCAAAUAUCCCAGCCAGUAGAGACAGAAAUCAGAAGCCCUUCCCCCGUCUUAGCUGAAUGGGAGUACACCCAGUUGUCGUCCCUUCCUGAGUACAGACCUCUUUCUCUUGAGUCACUCGGUUCAGACAUGGACGGAAUCCAUUUGUAUCUUGACCACUUAUUUACUGACAUGAGGCCAUCUUCACCUGAAUCUGUUGCAUCAGUGAAUGAAAACAGGCCUCUCUCACCUGACUCUCCAGUUCCUCACUAUGGACCUAGAAUCCCAGAUGUUACCAUGACUGCAGAGCGUAGAUCUUCCCUCUGUGCCGUUACGUCAGACAUUGAAUUGUUUGGAUUAUGUCUUGAGGAAUCGUUUGCUGAGGACAGAGCAGAUUCACCUGAAUCGGUAACAUCACAUAUUGUAUUCUCUGAGUUCUGUCUUGAUGAAUCGUUUGCUGAGGACAGAGCAGAUUCACCUGAAUCAUUUAUAUCAGAAGGUGAAUAUGAACAUGUAGACGAGACGCACACUAAAUCCAGUCCUCUGCCACCUGAAGAUGAGUACGCUCGUUCUUUCGUUCAGUACUGGCUUUCAGAGUUACAGCCGUCCUCUGCAGAACCCAUGAUAUCACUAGAUGAGUUAGAUGCUGCAGAAACAAGCCCAUCUACAGAAAUUGAGGAUUCUGAAUCUCAGCCUGUUUAUGAAUUCUCUGAAGGAAAAACAUCAACUCUAGAAUAUAGACUGGUUUAUAAGGCAGUUCCCUCCAUGCUAAUGGCCCAUACAUUUGACCCAGCGUACCAAGGUGAAACGUUCUUGAAUAAACCAGGUGUUUUUGAAUAUGCAAGAGACAGACAGGCUAGAGAGAUAAUGGAGCGUCUGAAGGACAAAGAUAUUUUCCUGGACAGGCCGGUCACAUCAGAGUCAAUAACAUCAGAAGAGAUUCAGUCUUUUUUGAAUGAUUGGUCUACUGAGUUAAGGCCAAACUCACCAGCCUCUGUUGCAUCACUUGAUGAGCAUAGGCCUCUCUCUCCAGACUCUCCUAUUCCCCAGUUCUUACAUCGAUGUUGUGAUUAUUAUGUGGAACUCCCUGGUGAUAGGUCUUCGUCACCUCAGUCGGUAACAUCAGGCGUUGAAUACUGUGGAUUAUAUGUCGAUGAACUGAUUCCUGAACACAGACCGGAUUCUCCUGAUUCCUUUUUGGCUGAUAGUGAAUUCAGAGAGUCAAUUGAACAGUUUUUUAUGAAAUUCAGAACCUUGUCACCAGAAUCAGAAACUUCAGUAGAUGGUUAUUCCUUCUUUAAGCUCUUGUUUGUAGAGUCUAGACCAUCUUCACCUGAAUCUGUAACAUCAUUUGAUGAGUACAGGCCUCUCUCUCCUGACUCUCCAAUUCCCCAGUUCUUACAUCAAUAUUGUGAUUAUUAUGUGUUAUUCCCUGCUGAUAGGUCUUCAUCACCUGAAUCAGUAACAUCAGAUAUUGAAUUCUCUGAGUUCUGUCUUGAUGAAUUGUUUGCUGAAGAAAGAGCAGAUUCACCUGAAUCAUUUAUAUCAGAAGGUGAAUAUGAACAUGUAGACGAGACGCACACUAAAUCCAGUCCUCUGCCACCUGAAGAUGAGUACGCUCGUUCUUUCGUUCAGUACUGGCUUUCAGAGUUACAACCAUCUUCUGCAGAACCCAUGAUAUCACUAGAUGAGUUAGAUGCUGCAGAAACAAGCCCAUCUACAGAAAUUGAUGAUUCUGAAUCCCAGCCUAUUUAUGAAUUCUCUGAAGAAAAAACAUCAACUCCAGAAUAUAGACUAGUUUAUAAGGCAGUUCCCUCCACGCUAAUGGCCCAUACAUUUGUCCCAGCGUACAAAGGUGACACUUAUUUGAGUAAGACAGGUGUUUUUGAAUAUGCAGGAGACAGACAGGUUAGAAAAGUCCUGGAUCAACCGCAUCAAUCAAGUGAAGACUUGAGGCCAGUUAGUGUUGAAGAACCUUGUCAUUCUGCUACUCCAGCAGAGGAGGAGACGGUACAAGAGGGUUCCUUGCUAACAGUCCCUCAUGUCACUGACCAGACAGUCACAGAAACUUUGCAUGAACCUCAUUUGCCAAUAUCCCAGCCAGUAUCGACAGAAAUCAGAACCCCUUCCCCCGUCUUAGCUGAAUGGGAGUUCACCCAGUUGUUGUCCCUUCCUGAGUACAGACCUCUUUCUCCUGAGUCACUCGGUUCAGACAGGGAUGGAGUCCUUUUAUAUCUUGACCACUUAUUUACUGACAUGAGGCCAUGUUCACCUGAAUCUGUUGUGUCAUUUGAUGAGUACAGGCCUCUCUCUCCUGACUCUCCAGUUCCCCACUUCAUGCCUAAAUGUUGCAAUUAUUAUUUGGCUCCCACUGGUGAUCGAUCUUCGUCACCUCAAUCAGUAACUUCAGACAUUGAAUUCUCUGAGUUCUGUCUUGAGGAAUUGUUUGCUGAAGACAGAGCAGAUUCACCUGAAUCAUUAAUAUCAGAAGAUGGAAUGAGAUUAGUAGAUGAGUCAGACAAAGAUAAGAGCCAAGACAGACCAAUGACACCAGAUUCAACAUCGGGAGAGAGCCUGUCAUUUUUAGAGGACUGGUUUUCAGAGUUAGAUUUAAGACCAUCCUCCCCUGAAUCCAUUGUAUCACAAGAGGAGUACAGGCACCUCUCUCCUGACUCACCUGUCCUCCAAUAUGGACCGGGUCUGUCUGUUUUUGCCGUGUCAUCAGGAGAGAAGUGUUGGACACCUGAAUCUGUGAUAUCAGACUUGGAUGAGUUUGGUCUGGAGGACUUGUUAUGUGCGACUAGAGCCUGUUCUCCUGACUCCGUCUGUUCCAACACAGAUACUGUUUUAACAGACGGUCAACAUUCUCCUCCAAUAGACCAGGUUUCCACUGAACAUGAACCUGAAAUGAGAGUUGAAAGAGCACGCUUAAAACAACCCCCGGAAAUAAUAGGGGCCCCUUUUAGUUUAGUUUUCCCAGUUGUUUGCCAAACUCACCGAGCAGUAGAAGCAUUUUUUUGUAGGGCCUCCUCCCCAGACAGCCACAGAGAACCCGUAGAGGAUGUAGAUUUAGAUUGGUUAGAUGAUGUAGAGACUCACAGACCUCACCAAGCGUCCUCUCAGUCGAGUCACGUGCUAUCUGACGAACAAAAUCUGGGAUCUCCUGUUGCUGCUGUCAGGGCGGAGGAGGCAGUUCACGAAAGACUUCAAGCAAGUUGUAAGUCAAUCCAAAGAAAAGAACACAGUAAUGUCCCUACGUUGAAAGGAAGUGAAGUGCAACCCAAGAUUGACGAGACAAGCAAAAGAAAGCCGAUGAGAAAAGCGGAAGACAGCCGAGUUUCUGCGCCGUCGGUUUCAGCAGUAUCCUCCAUGGAGAAUCUAUCAGAACCCAAACAUGUAUUAGCGUUGGACCAACCGUCUACUAAUAGACCUAUCUCAAACAAAACACUCAUGUCUGAAACCCAAUCUGUGACUCCAGAUCUCCAGAUUCCAAAUGCCUUUGAAUUCAGUCCGUUAUCCCCUGAAAUGACAAUGCCCACUGAGAAGAUGAGGGUAUCGCCAGAAAGUCCAGAAAAACCAUUGAAUCUGAACAAGGAGUCAUCUUCUUCUGAAACCAGUCCAGUGUUACCAGACCUUCUCAGCCACAACUCAGAAGACAGCCAAGGUGAUGAACCACAAUGGUCAGCGACCAAUCUACAAACACCCCUGGAGUCAGGGGCACCCGCCGAGCUUGAUCAGCUGCUGUCGGAAUUUGAAGAAAUCAAACCGGAAUUCCGACCAGAAACUCUGGAACCACUGGACUCACCUCUUUCGGAAUCCAGCGAAGUGGGUCUUGAAGAUCUACAACCUUAUGUUGAGUUUGAAGAUCUCUUGCCUGAAUCAGACGGAAAUCCCACUGAGGGUGAGGAAGAGAUCUCUAGUCUAAGUCCCUCAUCCCCUAUUCAGAUCACCGGGGAGACAGCUGAAAUAAGUGUAGUGGCCUCAGUGCCGACCGAUCUCUCCCUGUCCUAUGAAACUGAUCCGGAGGUAUUUGGGGUGACCGCAGAUCUAAUCAAGACCUUGCCAGAACCUAGCCAAGUUACAGCUGAUCCAGUUCAGUUGAGCCACUUUGAGUACCUGCAAACACACAGAGCAGAAAAAUCAGAUCUCACUGGUUCCAUAUCUUUGGUUAGCCCCACUGCUGCUACGAAAUCCGUCGGAGCACCGGAAUCUCCAGAACCAUGCCAUAAAGUUCUUGAACUGUCAUCAGAAUCAAUUGUUCCAUCUCAAGAGUUCCAGUCACUCGAACAUGAUGAUGCUGCUGUUUUUACCGAACCUUCAACUGUAGAAGAACAUCGAAUCAGUCUCCCACAGCAGGACCAGGAAACAGUUGAUGAAGAAUAUGACAACUCCAAAGAAACAUCAAGCAUUCAAGCUGCAGUCAAAAAGGCAUCUAUUGAACAAAGCAAAGUAUUGUGCGAAUCUGGGGGAUUAACCACUGAGCCCAGCCAAUUGGUAGAUGAAACAUGCAUGAGCAAUACCCCAGAAGUUGUGUCACAUUUAAGGGAUAGCACUCCCCCUGAAACCCUUGAAUACGAUGAGCAGUCGCCCCAGUCACGUUCUGAAGUGACCCCACAGACUCCAGAGACCGUCACCGCCUACAGGUCACAUUUAAGGGAUAGCACUCCCCUGAAACCCUUGAAUACGAUGAGCAGUCGCCCCAGUCGCUCUCUGACGUGACUCCACAGACUCCAGAGACCGUCACCGUCUCCAGGCACUUCAGCUUCGAGGAGUUGAUCCCUUACCAGAGUCCUAGGUACCUCAACAUGCUCUCUGAAGAGCUCAAGCCAAAUACCAGUGAGAAACCAUCAGAGAAUCCAGUCACCCCUGGUCCAGUAGAACCCAGGGCAGAGAUGGUAUCAGCUCAACCCGUUCCAGAGGUUACAGCAUCAGCCCAUGAUGAAGAGUUCUUCAUGGAGUUCAGCCUCCCUCCUGAGUAUGCUGAGGCAUCCUCCUCUAUCCACAAACCCAAGCCUCCGGCCUACGCAGAAGUCAUACGAGGAAGCACCACCAUGCACUUAUACGAAGACUCUGACCCGGAGACUUACUUUGACUGCAAACAGGGUGUCUCAGACUUCUUCGAGACGGAACCUGACGAACUGAAGAAGAGGGAAAGGUCAGGGGUCGGCCGAACCCAAGGACAAGCGUCCCAUUCAGGAGCCCUGGGGAGAAAGUACCAGAAGCCGACGGCGCUUCCGGGUUGCUCCGCAGUGCGCAAACACGAGCGUGGAGUCCUGCUGUCCUCAGGGAGUGAGGAUUAUGAAGACGCACCUUAUGAUGACAUCAAGGAAGAGAGCGAAGAGCUGGCCCAAUCUCCCGGCACACACAGAGACGACUCAGCCUUUUACCAGGCUCCUCAGGAGCUUCGUCCUCUCAGAGCAGCAGAUGAUGAUGACUCCCUGGACAGGGAGGUAGCUGUGGAGGUGGGUGAGAUGACUUCUGAUGAGGAGGAGUUCCUGACCUCCAGAGUAGUACGGAGGAGGGUUAUCAUCCAGCAGGAUGAGAUGACAGACAUCCCUCCUCAGACCGUGACAGAGGAGCAUUACACAGAUCAACAUGGACACACGGUGGUCAGAAAGGUUACUCGUAAGGUGAACCGCCAGGUGAUGUCAAGUGAGGGGUCGCAGAGGGAGGAGGUGAGGGUGGAGGGGGGUGCCCCCCCAGGGGAGGAGGGGGACGGAUACUCCAGAGUGGUCGAGAGGACCGUGCUGAGGAGCCACAGAGAUCACUCAGAGGUGAGGGUGGAGCUGGGUGCCCCCCCAGAGGUGACAUUUUCUGAGCGUGACUCUGACUCAGUGUGGGGUGAGGAGGAAUCAGCUGAAGGUCGCGAGGUCAGCCGUGUGGAGCGGAACGCGGUGGUGGUGGAGGGGGAUUGGACCGAGACGCACCACGGUGACCCCACCCUGACCUCUGACCUCCCCACGGCCCGGGACGACUUCACACAGGGCCAAGAUGUGUAAGGGGCAUACCCAGAGACGGACAGUAGUGAGGGGGGAGGAGCCUGUGGUAACAGGAAGUAGGUUCUCUUGGAGCGACUAGAUGAGCCCUCUGAGGGGUCCUGACUCCACGUCCUCCAGCAGCACCUUCAUCACCUCAUCCACCUCUACUGUUAGAAGGAGGAGGAAGAGGAGGAGGAUGGGGGAGGAGGGGAUGAGGAGGAAGAGGGGAGAAAAAGGAAUAACAGGCCUCCUUUCUCGCCUCGCUAGUUUCCUGUUCGGCCUCUGACCCCGCCCCUUUCCCUGAAGAUCCACCAAUCCUAUGCAUCAGGCACAUGCAAUCCCAGAGUGCACCUCAGUCCUCCACCGUCUUCCUGUUUCAACAAUCACUACUGUUUGGUCUUAAUUAACCUGCUUAUUCACUUCUUUUCUUUCUUUCUUUUUUCUUUUCUUCUUUGUGUGUUUUUUUCCUUUUGCAUUUUUUUUUUUUUGUGACCAAAGAGUGUUUUUCCAUGUUUGUUUUCUGUACGUAUUGGAUCUUGAUGCUGUGGUAGAACACAGACAGACAUUAGUCAUAUAUGUGUUGUACUGCUAGAGUAGGUGGUUGGACUAACAGA